CCAGAAUAGCAGUAUGAAAAGUUUUUUUUUUGGUGUGUGUUUAGCAGUAGCAAACGCGAAACGAACGUAAAAAUAAAUAAAAAGUGAUAAAAAAGAACUAUGCAUACAUUUUCAUUCAAUUGGAAUUAAGAUUUUGGAAAUCAAUUUGAUGGUGACUGAAUGAUAGUGGGCAAAAAAUUGUUUGCCACCAUGUGCAUAAUAAAAUAAUGAGAUGUAAAGUGAGAAUGAAGUAAAAAAAAGAAAGAAAGAAUUGAUUUGGAAAUGAAAUGAAUGUGUGCAAAACAUAUAGAGUUGAAUUAGUGUGGACGGAUGAAAACGAAGCGAAAGAGUGAAAAGAGAAGGAAAAACAUUUUGGUUCGAAUGUAAUUUUCGAUAAAUAAAAAAAAAUAUAAACCAAAAUUUGAUUUCGUUUCGUUCAUGGAAUGCGUUUUAAUUGUCGUCAUUUAACAAUUGUUUUUUGAAAAGUAAAAACAAAGAAUCUGUGAAAAUCAAACGAUAUUGGAAACUUCUUUCUUUUUUUUUUAUUGAAAUGUGUUUUGUUUUGAAUUGGUUCGAAUGUGAGAAAAGAGAUAAAAAAAAUUAUUUUAUAGUAUAGCCACUAGCCUAUAUUUAUUUAUGUGGAGUGCGUGUGUGUAUCGAUGUGAGUGUAUUUGUUGGUAUGCGCUGGUACAUAUACAACGUUGCGGAUCCGAAUGUACACAUUGAACUGAUGAACGAAAAAUACACACCACAUGAAAAAUAAUGGCAUCGCGAAUGAUGCGGAGUCGUAGUUGGCGAAAAGGCCAUCUUAAAAAUGAGGCAUUGAUGCCAAAAAAACAAGAGACUGCUGAGGAAAUCUUCACUGAAUUAAAUUCAAAACUAACAAGUGCAUCUAGACGUUUGGUGCUUCUAAAUGGAUUCAUAAAAUUAAUCAAUGCCAAGGAUGGUGAAGCGCUCAGCGCAUACAACACCGAGGAAAUACUGAUAAGUUUAAGGACAUCGAUGGUACAUGAAUUUACACAAGUCAGAGCCGGAGUAUUGCGUGUAUUGCGUUAUACAUUGAGUACAUCACGUGAUGUUCAAAUAUUCAACGAAUUACAGCUACCACAAUUGUUGUGUCGCAGUAUCGACAUUGUCGUUGAUAAUGAAGAGGAGCGCGUUCAGGCAUUCAAACUGAUACGAAAAAUCUUAUCGAUUGCACCAGAGAUAAUGAGCCCCCUCGUAUUGAGAUCGUUGGUGUCGUCAAGUGAGAGUGGAAUUGAAGAUGGUGAUCGAAUGUUGCGCGCUUGUUUGGCAAUACUAUGCGAAAUUGGUGUAUUGAAUCCAGUGCUGUUGAUUUUGUGUGGCGGUGUGAAUGCAAUCACUCGCACCGUUUUAGAGUGUCACAGUCCACGCAUUGCGGAAAGUUUGUGUGGCGUACUAUUGCAUUUAUUAGAAUGGCCACACACACGAAAUAUCUCUGGUGUUCGUUUAGACUGUUUGGCAGCUCCAUACUGUGAUUUCACCUAUCGAUUGGGUUUGAUGGAUAAAAACAAGCAUGCACGUGAUUUGCGAUUCACUUGCAGUCGAUUGGCAUUGCUUUCUGUGUUGCGCAGUUUUUCCGGCACAUUGGAAUUUUGCGAUCCAAACAGACCAUCCGGAUUGAAAGCAAUUGUCGAUGUUUUAUAUUUGAAUCAGUUAGAAGUUAGGAAAGCAAUUUUAGAUUUGUUAUAUGAAUUAUUGUGGCUUCCGCAACCAGUUUGGACCGAUGAAUACUCGGUGGCUAUAGCAGCUAUCGAUCCAGCUGAUUACCAGGAUGCAUGGCGUCUUGGCGAAGGUUUUGUAGCAAUGGAAGGACGACACAUUUUACCAAGUCUUGCAAAUCGUGUAUCAAACAUUUCUGAGAUUCAUACAUCGGUGUUGCUGUACUGUUUCCUCGAAACCGGACUAUUAAAUGCACUUAUCGGUGUAAUUGUAUCAAGCGCUGCGUUUAUAUCAGUUCGAGCAACAAUAUUAAUUGGUAAACUACUUCAAUUAAUGCAUACACAUCUUCCUGCCGAUAUAUGUAAUGCAUCGUCAGCAUUGCCUGCCUUAAUAACAUACGCAUCUCAAGGAAAUCCACAAGCAACGGCCGCUGUCUCAGCGCUACAACAGUUACAUAAAAUUUUACAAAAUCGACCAGCAUCAUGCAGUUUAUUUUUAGACGCAAUCAUCCAAAGUGGAGCGAUAAUAAAUUCACCGUUAUUCAAACGAGAAAUUGAAACUACAGAGAUCAAUAUUCAACCUCCAAUGUAUGGCAUUUUGGAGCGUUCACGAUACGACUCGGUUGGUUCAUCGACAAGUAAUAGCGGCGAAGAGCCAACCACACAAACGUUAAAUCGAAGAGGAAGCAUGAAAAAGAAAAAGUUCCUGCAAUUCAUUGAUGGAUUGCGACAAAGUGAGAAUUUAAUGAAAGAAUCGAAUGUGUUUGCCAAUGAUGAUGGAAUGUCAUGGGAUUGGGAUAUUAUUACAACAAUUUUCACAAAAGCAAAUACAAGCAAUAAACUGGAUAUUAAAUUCACUCGAUUUUUACGACGUUUAAUGCAUUUCUUCAAGCCAAGCAGUAAUCGUUUUUCACAUCAGGACAUUGGUUUGAACAGGCACAUGCCAUCUUAUGUUACGGCUGGAAUCAAAUUAAUUGAUUGGCUUUUGAAAAAUGCUGAAACGGAAUCUAUUCGACUGUUGACUGAUUACUUUUCGGAUAUUGAUGCACAAUUGUUGGCGAUCUGCACGGCCAAAAGUGCACACGAUUGUCUUUUUAGUCCCCAACAUAUGUCGAGUACAAUGUGCCAACUUUAUUUCUUGUAUAUCGGCCGAAUGUGCCGAUCGAAAAUUGGACUCAACAUUUUAAUUAACACACAUAUCUUCAUGCAUUUAAUUCAAAUUGUAACGACGACAAAUCAUCCUUGUUAUAUCAAAUUAAUAGUAUCCGGUUUGGAUUAUUCCGUGGAUGCAUUGCCACGUCAAGUAUUGGAAAAAGCUUUAACUGCAUCUGAACGAAGUGCAGGCCGUUUAUAUGCAACUCAGUUUAUGUUAGUGUUGCUCCGUGCAAAAAUACCAAACUUUGAAGUAUGGGGUCUGCCAAUGCUGAUCAAACAAACGAGAGACAAAGAACGUAAAGUGGUCUUGGCCGCAUUGGAAAUACUUGAUGAAGCAUGCCAUGAUCGGGCAUACCUAGAAGAGUUGGUCAGCUUGUGGCCAGACUUUACAUCUCGCGGUGAUAAUGGAAAGCUUCUUAUGUCACGAUACUAUUCAAUACCACGCGGUUUGAAUCAUACAAAAGCCCGAAUUCAAUCCGAAAUCGAAAUUUGGCAUAAUGUCUAUAACAAGCGUUACGUUCUAUUGAUUGAGGCUGAUACACAUGCCUAUUUAACGUUGCACACACGCAGCGAAGAUGGAACGUACAGUCGUCGAGCGUGUUCAGCACGUGAAGUAUAUAUAGCAUCGCCAAAUAUUUUACCGCAUUUAUACGGUCAGUUGGUUCAAACAACUCAGGGACUAGAUAACCUACUGAAGUAUGGACAACUGCCACAAUUAAUAGAUACAUUGAUUCAGGGAAAAUGCAGUAAUGAAACAGAAACAUUAACAUUGAAAGCAGCUAUUUGGGCAUUGGGCCAUACAUCAACGAGCAUCGAUGGAAUUGAUUAUUUAAGCGAAAUGGCACCACAAAUUUACGAGAAAUUCAUCUAUUUGGUUAAACAUUGUGAAGUGUAUUCGGUUCGAGCGGUUGCCUUACAUGCACUGGGAUUGGUUGCGACCACCAAAGCCGGCGCUGAUAUUCUAUUCAAAUAUGAUUGGCUUUGCGUACGCCACAAUCGUGACACAGUAUGGCCUGUAUGUGAAACAGAAGAUUGGCUAUCGAAGCAUUUAACACCAAUUCGUCAUCAUUUGGAUAGCGUACCACCGUACAAUUAUCAUGGAAUUGAUGAAAAAAUCAGUGGAAUAUUUGACGAAUCGACCAGUUCAUUUUUACCGGAAUCGGCUGAUGCCAGUAAAACAGAUACGGCCAGCGAAGUUGAUGGCGUUCAACCAUCGUCGGUUGCUGCCAAAUCGAAAACACUUCCAGAAUACGCAUGCAAAUAUGCAAUGAUCAAACAUAAACGAUCAUUAUCGGAAUCGAAAACAACGGAUGGUAUUAGCUUAAAUUCGAAUACGAAUCACAUUGUCAAUUGUCGCACGCGAUUCAAUUCGGGUACAUCGGAUUCAAAUACAUCCGGUGUAAGUAGUUAUGAAUCGGUUUUCGGAAUUGCCGUUGGUGAAAUGUGCAACAAGACUCUUAGUCCAAUUCCAAGUUCAUCGAAUUUACUCGAAGUGAAAAAGCCAAAUGAACGUUUUCGUCGCAUUUCAUUAACGGGCGCUCAUUUUCGUGAGACAACAAUAAGUCCACAGGAUGCACAAGGUUAUGCAAAACUUCGUUCAAUUCGACGCUAUCAGAGGCCACAGCUUUCGGAAUCGGCGGCCGAUGAAUUGGCCGAAAUCAUCGAUAUCAAUCAACUGCGAACAAAUCGAUUAACGAUACCGCAAUCACAACGAAGAUUAAAGGUACGCAGUCUUGAUCGCCAAAGUUGCUUCGAUAUGAUGGACACAGACACAUCAAAUGACGUAUCUAGAAUAUCUGAUAUUGGAUCAUAUUGUCUAACUGGCACGAAUUAUUCACGCGGUCCAUGUUAUACGGGUAUUUGUUUGCCGAAAAAUGUGAUGGAUUUAUUUCCAAGUCCACGAUCAAAUGGAACAUACGUGACACGGUGUAUCAAAGAUACGGACUCAAUGGACUGGGCACUUAAGUAUGGUGUGGUUGCCGAAUUUAUAAGUGAAUGUGAUGAAUAUUCCGUGAGCAGUUUAUCGGAUAUAUCCUCAACGAGUAAGCGAUCAAAAAUCGGUGGACAAAAUAAACACAAUCGGCAAGCGUGUUUAUUGUGUUGCCGUCAAACGCAAUGCAUAAAUCGUUUUAAUUCAACGAAUGGUGUGCCGAGUGUGGGUGCAGCAGCAAAUUCAUCCGACAUGGAUUUGACUGGUAGUUCGAGUGCGUUAACCGCAACACCGAACAAAAAAUUCCCCGAAAAUGGUAAUUUAGACAAUUCGUCGGAGUCACAUUUGAGCGAUGAAAAUUAUAAUGAUAAAAUUCAAGAGACGAUUUUGCGACACGUUCAACGCAUGUCAAAUCCCAUCUGGAGCAAACAAUCGAAAUUGGCUUUGUUCAAAAUUAAACAAAAGCAUCCACAUUUCUUUCAAAACAUUUGCCUAUAUUCAGAUGUAUGUACAGCACUCAGUCAGAAUACGUAUCGAUUUUCAUCGCGAAAAUUUUUACAAGAAAUUUUCACCGAUGUUGAUUACACAACAUUUUACGCUGAUGCUUUUGAUAUUAUAUCGAAAAAGAAGGCAUUGCUGGACGCAAAACGUGAAGAAAGUACACGAGAUACAGACACCGUUGAUGGCAUCGUAAAUUCAACAAUCGAAACAAACGAAAGUGAACCAUCGUCACCAACAGCAAAUGCUCUUGCUGAAAUGGUACGAAAUUCACCGCAAAUUCCAACCAUUAUGCCACAUCCAAUGAAAACCCAUCUCUUACGAUCGCCACCAUUGGCCAGUGUGUACGAAACCAGUCGAGAGAAUUUAAGCGAUUCCCUUGGCAAUCACACAAAAUCAAUAUUGAAUAGUACACCAAUUAAAAAUGAUAUCGAUGUUAUGAGUCAACUACAAACCGAAGUCGAUAUUGAAAUUAUACCACAUUCACAAUCAUCAUUCGAUAAUAAAAUGGACGAUUCGGUGCGCCUCACAAACGAUUCGGUGCACCUCACAAACGAUUCGGUGCGCCUCACAAGCGAUUCGGUGCACCUCACAAACGAUUCGAAUGCAAAAAAGUCCGAUCAAACUGAUAAUAAUCGAACAUAUUCACGUCCACGAUUCAAUACACUAGAAUUAGAUUUAAGCUGUACAAAGAACAAAUUCCCAAUAACAGAACGACGAAAAACAUUCGAUCUUUCCAGUUCAAUAUCAAAUAGUGCCCUAUAUUCGCAACGCAUCACAAAAUCGUUGUCAUCAUCAAUCACAUCAGCGCCAAGCAUGAGCUUAUAUUGCGAAAAGCGGCUACAAACAUCCAAAUCAGAGGCUAUUCUUACAAAUAAUAAGAACAAUAAUAACAAUAAUUUCAUGCGUAAUUCGCUUACAACUGAAGCGCAUUGCAAAAACAAUCAUCUGGCCAAAUAAUAUAUAAUAUUCCUAUUUUUUAAUCAUCCUAUGCCCCCGUUAAAUAUCCUCAAUUACAUAAAAGAAAAAUAGGACUCUGUUUUAUGACUUGAUACGUUUGACUGUAAUUUUGUAAUAUACAUAUAUAUAUAUGAAAUGAUUUUAACGACUUUUAAUCUGUAAGUAAACGAAGAAGAGAUGAAAACUGAAACUAUGUUAGCAUUAACUACUAUUAUUAACAGUUUGACUGUAAAACUCGAAAUAUUUUACACAUAUUUCGGGAGCAUUUUUAUUCAUUUGUUUUUAUUUUUCUCCCGCAAAGAGCCACACUGCCAAUUUAAAACAAAAAAAAGAGAACUCUCUUCGUUUAUAAUAAUACUAUUAUUUUUUAAAGAACAGGAAACCGAUGUUAACUUAAACAAAUAGAAAAGAAAACACAAUUCCAAAAUCGAAUAUUUUAAAUGCAAUUAGCUCAAAUUGUAGAUUUGUACCGAAACUUAUAGACAAAUUAACCAAAACUGCAUAAGCUCCUUACGCUAUAGAUCAAAACAUGGAUUUAUUUUAUAUUCUAAAUUGUAAAAAAACACACAAACACACACGUUUUCAAUCAAACAAAAUACAUUUAGCGGAAUGAACAGAAUAGUUUUAGCAUGUAAACGGGCCAACUUAUUUUUUUUACUUGGUCCAGAAAAGCAUACAGUACUUUAUAUAAAUAACAGUUACGGAACAACAGAUGGUGGCAAAUAUUCUGUUUCUAAAUUUAUAUCGCUUUGCUUUGUCAAAAUAAAAUAUUUUUUAAAAUAA